AUGCGGACCGUUCUCCGGACCGGCGCUCUCCGGGACCUCCGGACAUCCGCCUCUACCUCGCUCCACUCCAACUUCCGCAACCUCCGGGGCCGCACCACUUGCCGGCUGCCCGCUGUCUCAUGUUACGGCUUCCACUCAAAAUCCCAGGACUGUUCCGAGGCCCUCGGCACCGCAGCCCAGCUUCCCGAAGCCGAGCCCGUGCUUUCCGCGCCGCCCCGCGAGCGCAUCACCAUCGCUGAUAUCAAAGAACGUCGAGCCAAGGCCGGACGCUUGAUCGCGCCGACGGCGUCUUACAGCGAUGCCGAUAUGUUCAAAGCGCCUACUGUAGGCAAGCCGAAAGCCAAGCGCUGGGACCACCACCUCACCAAAGAGUCCACCCUCCGUGAGCCCUGCAAGCUAAAGCAAGCCGCCAAACACCUCAAGCAGCCCGGCCUCAUCUCUCUGGGUGGCGGGCUGCCGUGCCCAGAAUACUUCCCCAUCUCCUCACUCACUCUGCACAUCCCGCGCCCGCCUCACUUCUCCGAAGCGGCAACGCUGGCCGACGGAGAGGACGUCACCAUCGGCAAAUACGACGCCUCCUCCUCACCACCACCACCGCCAAAACAGUCCUCACCUGAACCCCCACCACCAUCACGACAACAAGUCCAACAACAGCCCGAAUACGACCUCUCGAUAGCGCUCAACUACGCCCAAGCCACAGGCUCGGCCCAAAUGACGCGCUUCGUGACGGAGCACACGGAGCUCGUGCACGGGCCCAUCCCCUACGCCGACUGGCGUGUGUGCCUGACGGUGGGCAGCACGUCCGCGCUCGAGCAGACGCUUCGCAUGCUGUGCGACGGAGGAGGAGUCGCGUCGAGGCGGGACAGUCUGCUGACGGAGGAGUUCUCAUUCAGCACCGCCCUAGAGACGGCCGCGCCGCUCGGGGUCGGCGUCGUGGGCGUCCGGAUGGAUGAGCAGGGCCUGCUGCCGGGGGACAUGGAGCGGAUACUGGACUGUUGGGAGCCCGGGCUGAGGGGGGGGAGGAGGAAGCCGCAUGUCUUGUAUACCGUGCCGAGCGGGCAGAAUCCGACGGGGGCGACGCAGGGGGAGCAGAGGAGGAGGGAAAUUUAUGAGGUCGCUCGGAGGCAUGAUGUGUUUAUUGUGGAAGAUGAGCCGUAUUAUUACCUGCAAAUGCCAGAUAAGGGUAAUGGUAAGGGGGAGGGGAGGGGGGUGGCGACGACCGGGGACGUGGAGGAGUUUUUGGAGGGCUUGAUCCCGAGUUAUCUGAGUAUGGAUGUGGAUGGUCGGGUGUUAAGGAUGGAUUCGUUUUCCAAGGUGGUUGUGCCGGGCUCGAGGCUGGGGUGGGUUACUGCGUCGGAGCAGAUCAUCGAAAGGUUCAUUCGCCAUGCCGAGGUUGCGAACCAGGGGCCGAGCGGGUUUUCGCAGGUGAUUCUGCAUAAGCUGCUCGACGAGAGAUGGGGACAUGAGGGGUAUCUGAGGUGGCUGAUGAACUUGAGGAUGGAGUAUGCCAAGCGGAGGGAUGUCAUGGUGGAGGCGUGCGACGAGUUUUUGCCGAGGGAGCUGGUCACCUGGAAUACGCCGCAGGCCGGCAUGUUUCACUGGCUGAAGGUCAACCAUGAACUGCAUCCGCACGCUUCGACCAAGAGCAUCCUCGAGAUGGAGGAGGAGAUAUUCAACAGCUGCAUUUCCAGGGGAGUGCUCGUCGCCCGUGGGUCCUGGUUCCGCGCCGAGCAGGACAGACCUCCGCCCGGCCUGUACUUCCGGGCCACAUUUGCGGCGGCCACGCCAGAGAACAUGAGGGAGGCUAUUAGACGACUUGGCGAGGCCAUCAGGGAGAGCUAUCAGAUCUGA